AUGGCCUCUUACAAGGUCGAGCCGAGCUUCGCUGAGGGAGAAGAUGCGGCGCAGCUGGGUCCAGACACAGAGACUCUGCAACAGCAAGGAUGGGCCCUCGAUCCUGACGGGAUGGGUGUCACCAAGACGUUUUAUUUCAAGAGUUACUUCAAAGCGGUGUCAUUUGUGAAUCUCAUCGCGUCCGAGAGCUCGGCGAAGAAACACCACCCCACAAUGACGGUACGAAUCGGCUCCGUCGAUGUCCACUGGACGACGCAUCGCCCACGCGGCCUCACCCAGAAGGACAUUGCAAUGGCUCGGCACUGCGAUAACGGGGCUGGCCUGAUGGGCGCCGUUGAGCCCGGGCACGGGUUGAAAUGCGGGCCGUGA